UAACGAUAGCUGCUGUUAAAUAAACAAUUAAAAUUAUUAUCCGAUUCUACAGUAUCAACCGCAGCUGUAGUACAAGGAGAAUAAUUGAUACUUGAUGAUGAUAAUAAUAAUAGGUAAUAAUGUUGAAAAAUAAAAAUUCUAGAACGGAGUAACAAGUGAUAAAAAGUGCGUCGAUCGCCAAUCAUGAAUUAUGUUUUAAUUUCGUGUCGGACACAUGGAAUCGGUCACAAUACUCUCGACUAGGAAAUAGUAACUAUGUUUUUUAGUUAAAUACCACAACAUGAAGUCAACAGCAAAACCUGAUUAUGACAGACGAUUUCAAGAAGACCUGGAAAAGGCACAAGCGUUGAGCAUGGAAACAUUGGCUUUAGAGAAGUUCCGUAAUCAAAAAUUGCAAUCUGAAUCUCUAACUUAUAGUGGAAAUAGUACUGUGUGCAGUAGCAGUACGCAAAAAUCUACUGUGGAGUCAACUCGAUCAAUGUCUCUUUCAGAAAAAAACGUUUAUUGCACCGAGCUAUCUAGAUCGCGACCGAGGCCUGGAUCGUUUAACACAGGCGAGCUACUGGUGCCAAGGAUAAAACCACCUCCUCGACGUAAUACUACUGUAGCCAUUCCAAAAAGUAGUACUAAUGAGUCAAUAAACGAUUUAGUCAGUCUUGAUUCACCGCCCAUUGAUGAUCUCAUGAAUAAUUUAGAGCCAUUCAAUUUUCUAAAUAGCAGGAACAAUUCGAUUUGUGCAAGUGAUAGUAACUCGACAUUCCAGAAUCAUAGUGUUAUCAAUAACACGAAUAAACAAUGUAUAAGUAGUGCUGAACAACCUGUUGCUAGCGGAUCGCAAAUUCUCCAACAAAAUCUAGAAAAACUGUAUCAAGGGUCUUUUCCUUCUACAAACCUAACUACUCUUCCAUCAGCAGGUUACCAAAUCACAGUUCCUCAACAAUACUCCCGGCAGGAGAUUUCCUAUAGUGGCUGGACUGCUAACAAUAUAUCUCACACCAAAGCUUCAAGUUGUAGUGAAAAUAACGUACAAUCGCAGACUCUACAGGCCGUAGUAAAACCCACUAUUUUAGCUUCGUCUUUAACCAAAAAACAAAAUAACAAUAACCUCAUCGAUUUAAAUAUUUUCGAUGGCUCUGAAAACUUCAACAAGAACUUUUGUGCAAAUGUCAGAACUAGUGUUCUCGAAGCGUUUGACCCACUGCUUUACGGAGAAUUGAGUGUAAAUACUACGACAGAAACCGAUUCGGAUAAGAAUGGAUCGUUUUACGCUACUUACGAUCCGUUUGACUACAUGUAUUCUCCAUCGGUAUCAUCCCAGACAUCAGAUCCUAUAUACGCUGCCGUUAUAAAAACACCUAUCCAUUCUCCACCACCGUUACCGCCGAGAAGUUCUCUGACACCUAAAGAAUCAAAAGUUUGCAAAAGUUUGACCUAUGAAAAUGUGGGGUUAGUUAAACGAUCGUCAGUGCUUCAUGAUCCAGAUGUUGUCGCUUUUCAUGCUAUGGUCAAACAAAUUAGAAAAAAAUUUGUCUACACUGAUUUGAGUACAAAUGCUGGUAUAAUUGUUUGUUCUAAAUUUGAAAACAAUCUCCACGAAACGACCAGUACCAAGUUUAUUGUGCAUUGCGAACCAAUUAGAAGUACACCGAUUAUAUUUACUUGUGACGUGGGAAGUAGUGUAGAACAUGUAAUAUCACAAGUAAUUUGUGAACUAGAACUUGAGGAUGCACACCAUACAGACUAUUUUCUUAAAGUUAAAGAUUUUUUCGAAUACUUGUUACCAAUGAAUACUCCGAUUAUUAAUUUUGAAUGCAUACAUGAGUGUAUAAAAUUAGAUGCAGACAUUGAACUCAGUCUUGUUCAUAAAGAUGAAGUUAUUUGUCUUUAUGCUAGACAGUCCCAAGACGAUGUUUGUGACAAUGAGUUAGUGCUAAAUGAUUUAUGCCCUAAUGAAGUUUCACAACCAAUUACGCACGACACUCUUAAAAUUCUUCUUGAUACACUCGAUGGUGAAAUGCUUAAAAUACAAGAUCAUGCUGUGUCGCUGUUCAAAAAACGAACUAAUACGCCAUUACAGCCAAAUGGUGUACAGCAGGCAAUCAAAGCGUUGACUGCGUUUUUAGGCAACAUUGAACCAUUGGAUAUAACGUUGGCAUUGAACAAUUUUAUUUUGUCUUGUAAUGAAAUAUCGAAUUUCACCCAGCAAGAUUUGUAUGGUAAAAGAACUGAAGUGAUCAUGGAUGAUGGUUCAGAUUAUUCGGUAGUGAGGUUAAAAUUCAACGAAUCUGAAAAAAUUGAUUACAUUGCUGAUUUAUGUUCAAAAAUUAAAGAAAACGUUCAAACAUUAAUUGAGAACUAUUGCAAAGCUUUCAAAGUAGACUUUCAAUUGAAUUUCACGUCUUCUCAGUUGUCGGGGGUUAAAUUGUCUUCCGAGGUGCUGGAUAAUGUAGUGGUGUACAUUAGUGGGUUACAUAGAUUAUUUCCAUCUUGGAGCCAUGAUGAAUAUUUGGUCGCUGCUCAGAUAUAUCACGGAACUAGGCCGAUCGGUAGUACGGUUCUUUCCAAAGCUGUUGUAGCAGAAUAUUCGUUAUACAAACGGGUGGUGUUUGAUUCAUGGUUGGAGUUUGACAAUAUGAGUGUGUGUUUAUUACCCAGAGAAUGCCGUCUGGUUUUAGUUGUUUAUGGAAGAACAUUUAAUACGGAAGGUCAAGAUACAUCGGCUACUGUUUCUCAAACCGAACUUGGCUGGGCUUCAUUGCAGUUUUUUAACGUUGAAGGCGAAUUUUCUCAGGGCAAGCAUUUACUCUCACUAUGGCCACCGUGCGCGGACAAACGUCUUGGACCAGCUCCAGCUCCGGGCACCCAUCCUUAUAGUCACUCCCACCCAGUUCUCAGUGUUGAUAUCCAAGAGUUUGAUUCGACAAUAAUGUUUCCUGUAUUUCAAGACAGUAAUCAAAUCGUUAACGACAGGUUUGAUUUCAACAGUUUGGAUCUGAACACUCAAGAACAGUUAUUAGAUAUAAUUUACCAAGAUACGUUUACUAGGCCGUUAUCAGAAGACAGAGAAGUGUUAUGGGAAAAGAGAUAUUACUUAUUAUCAAAACCGGAAGCACUACCCAAAGUGUUGUUAGCUGCUCAUAGUUGGGAUUACGCUUGUUUGGCCGAUUUACAUUCUAUGCUCAAAACUUGGGCUCCCAUUGAUCCCUUAGACGCCUUACAGUUGUUUUUACCAUGUUUUCCUGACAAUGAAGUACGUCGUCUAGCAGUCAAACGGUUGAAAUUGUUGAGUAAUGACCAACUCGUAGAUUUUCUUCCUCAGCUGGUGCAAGCUGUUAAACACGAAACUUAUGAUAACUCUCCUUUAGCCGAGUUUUUGUUAGAAAAAGCUUUGUCGUCACCCAUUAUUGCUCAUACCUUGUACUGGUUACUCAUGCAGCCCCUUCCUGGCCAAUCACCACAAAACACUUAUGACGUUCAAAGUCCCGAUGACAAAACCGUGAGUGAAGCGAGGUACUUCAGGAGGUUGCAGUUACUUCUUAGAGCUUUGAUCGCAACUUGUGGACAAUCUCUUAGGAAGUGUUUCAUGUCUCAACAGCUUUUAAUGAAGGAACUUUACGAAUCUGCAGAAAACCUAAAAGCUAGUAAAGAAUCUCAUCGUCUCAAAGUGCUAGUCAACGAUUUGUUAAAUAUAAAUCAGAAUUUAAAUGACAAUCCUACUUGCUUACCGCUUAGUCCGAGUAUCCAAGUCAACGGCAUUCAAACCAAGUCGUGUAACUACUUUCCCUCCAAUACAUUGCCGUUGAAAAUUAAUUUUACAUCUGUGAUGCCUAACGUCAUUAUUCCAGCUAUUUUCAAAGUAGGAGAUGAUUUGCAACAAGACAUGUUGACUAUCCAGAUCAUACGAAUAAUAGACAAAUUAUGGCUGAAAGAAGGACUAGACUUAAAAAUGGUAACGUUUAAAUGUGUUCCCACUGGAGAAAAGAGAGGUAUGAUUGAAAUGAUAACAAAUGCAGAAACUUUAAGAAAAAUUCAAGUUGAAUUGGGAUUAACUGGUUCGUUUAAAGACCGACCUAUCGCCGAAUGGUUGGCGAAGCAUAAUCCAUCUGCGCUGGAGUAUGAAAGAGCUGUUGCUAAUUUCACUGCGUCGUGUGCUGGCUAUAGUGUAGCUACUUAUAUUCUUGGAAUAUGUGACCGACAUAAUGAUAAUAUAAUGCUGAAAACCACUGGACAUUUAUUCCAUAUUGAUUUUGGAAAAUUCUUAGGAGAUGCUCAAACAUUUGGGAAUUUUAAAAGGGAUCGUACACCGUUUGUUUUAACGUCCGAUAUGGUUUAUGUAAUAAAUGGUGGUGAUAAACCGACCAUCAAGUUCCAUCAUUUCGUCGAUGUUUGCGUUCAGGCAUUUAAUAUUGUUCGCAAACACGGAAAUCUGCUGCUGAACAUAUUUGGACUGAUGGCUUCUUCUGGUAUACCGGGCGUGACAAUGGAUGCAGUUAACUAUGUACAAAAAGCUUUAUUGCCAGAGUUGUCAAACCCAGAGGCCGCAGCAUCUUUCGCUCGCAUGAUCGAAAAUUCAAUUAAAUCUAGAUUUACACAGUUUAACUUCUUCUUGCACAAUUUGGCACAAAUGAGAUUUAACAGUGAACAGAAUGGCACCGAAUUAUUGAGUUUUGUACCAAGAGUUUACACGAUGGCGCAAGAAGGGAAAAUUAAGCGAGUUGACGUAUAUGGCUGCCAAAAACGGUACGAUCCUGAAAAAUAUUAUGUUUACAUUCUAAAAGUGUUCAGAGAAAACCAAAGAGACCCAUCUUAUCUUUUCCGUUCUUACAAAGAGUUCUCUGAAUUUCAACAAAAGUUGCUGCUUUUGUUUCCAUUGGCCAAAUUUUUAAGUUUAUUAAAUACCAGCAUUCAUAUGGGACGAUCGCAUAUUAAACAAGUAGCAGAAAAAAGACGUAUUGAAAUUCAACUAUUUUUGAAUACUUUAUUUCAAAUGGCGCCAGAAGUCGGCCACUCCGAUCUCGUCUACACGUUUUUCCAUCCUCUUUUGCGAGACCAACAAGAGGACAGUAUUGAAGACACGAAAUUGAAAGAGCCUAAACAACCAGCAUAUGUAAGAGAAAAUCGAAUACGCGGACAACUAAAACUGACAUUACACUAUCAACGUGGAGCGUUCAUGAUAAUGGUUCAUCAUGCUAAAGAUUUACCACGUAUAGCAGGAAAUCAAGAACCGUCAACUUAUGUAAAAGUUUAUCUAUUACCUGACCAUAAUAAAGCAACAAAACGUAAGACCAAAGUUGUUAAGAAAAAUUGUUACCCGUCUUUUAUGGAAAUGCUGGAGUAUAGAAUGCCAUUAGAAGUUGUACAAUAUAAAACUUUACAAGCCACCGUUUGGAGCCAUGACGCGCUACAAGAAAAUGAAUUUUUAGGAGGUAUAACUAUAGAAUUGAAUAAUAUUGACUUAUUGUCGGAAACCACAUUAUGGUAUAAUCUGUCGAACAUGUACAGAUAAUGGUGCUUAAUUACAUAAUGGACAGUGUAAUCUUAUUUUGGUUGGAACUUUUAAAUAUAUAAACAAUUUUAUUUUAAUUGGACUUAAAUAUUAGUUUACGUAUGUAUUCAAAACAUUUUUUUUUUUAGUAAAUUAGCAAUAGUUUAUUAUUGAGGAAACCAAAAUUUACCUACUUUUUUUCGUUAUGUUGUUUUAUUUUUUCUUCUGUGGACUAAAUUUUUUUUUUUUGGUGGCGGGAACAAAUGCACUUCUCUUUGUUUAUUUUUCAUUUGAGUUAUAAUCAAUAUGAAUUUCUCUUUAUUGUUUUAUUAUUGUAUUAUGGAAUAAUCUCUCUUUAUAUUUCUCAACAUAAAUAUCGAAUUUAAAACCAAGCAUGACUCGCUAGACAUUUUAUAGCAAAACGAUACUUAAAUGAUGCAUUUUUAUAGGGUUAUUUUUUUAUUAUUAAAUUUAAACGUACGUGGCUCUUAUUUAAUGUAAACUGGAAUAAUUUUUGAUACUUUUGCAUUGAGUCUCGACCGUUAUUAUACUUUUAUUUUAACCAUUAUUUAUUAUUUUAAAUUUUUUUAUCCACUAUUUAAUGAUACCAAUAGCUGAAUUUUACACAAGUGUUUGUAUUUAUCGAAAUACAAUUAUUAUGAUUAUUUAAUAUUAUCAUCCUUAAUAUGAUAAAAAUGUAGUUCAGUUAUAUUCUGC